AUUGAUAUUGUUGUAGGCACUUCGUAUCAAGUUGGCAAACUAAAUGCAUCAGAGACGCGUCAAGGAUGGAAUUGCAACAGUGGAUGUGAGGCGCCACAACAUUGUACCUUGCCACGCUGCACUAACGUGGUAUUUCCGCAAACGUUUAGUGGAUCUGGAACCGUAAGUAAACCCUCCUAAAGAAAUUAUAAAGUGGCUUCCUCUAAUGGGUUCGCGAAAACUUUCUAAUAGAAGCAGACAGCAAUAAGCUUCUUUAGAAACUAUCUUCUUAACAACUUUUGAUUUGCCAACAUUGUGGCUUUUAUGAUGUUAUGACCUCAGCGAAUUUAGUACACAUAGGUAUAUUCAAGUGCUCUUUACUCCCUAAAAUGCGUCGUGUAUUUUUGAACAAUACAAAAAAGUCAGAGGAUUCUGACGAUAAAUUUAGUUUGGAAAAUAUCUAAUCCUUGGAAUAGGAUCAGGACUGGGGGAUGGGGAGGGGUGGAGUCGUCAAUUAAUAUAAGGGUGGCAGUUUUGCUUACUAACUAUCGCUAUUUGUAACAACUAAUUGUUAUAUAUGAUGUUAUAACAUAGAAGGUUGUAAUUUUAAAUUGUUUGGUAAACAGUCGAUGUAUCAGGUGGUAUAAGACCCAAAUAAAUAUUGUCUUGUCUUGCCUUGAUUUCUCAUUAAUGCAUAUUUCUACCUGACGCAUUUCAGGUUCGAGUAUUUGUAUCAUUAAGCCACGAAGAUCAGUCAUCAGUUGUUCAUUCACCUUCUGCCGUCUGGGCAGAGUCCGUUAGUACAGCUGGAUUUCAGUUAUGUUCGCGUGCAACAGGUUCUACAAAUGACACUGGAAUUAUCAACUGGGUAGCGUUUCAGGACAAACCCAUGUUAACGCAUGGAAGCGUUACUUUUAGCGGUAUAUGGACAACAGAAACCAAAUGUGAGAAGGUGGCCUUUUCUCAGGUUAGAUAAUCGACUGACAAUAAUUCUAUAAUUUAGUAAGACCAAAAAAAAAAAAUAAAAUAGCACUUUAUUAAGCAGAUGAUACUAAACAAGAGAGGAUAUCCUCUCUUGUACUGAACAAAUCAAAUAUCAGGAGUUUUUAUUUUUGGAUAAUAGGGGUCAGGAAUUCAAAUUAAUUCUCUCAGUCUGGUUAUGUUUAGCUUUCAUGCUUGGGCUUUUACUUUGGUGGUGUGAUUGAGAUGCUUGGUCGUGUUGAAUGCAUUGAUGUGUCUGUAGUGAAUCAGGAAAUUAAAUAGAGCUAACUUCAUUUACUUGAAAUUUUAAUAUUUUCACAUUGUAAGUAACAAAGCUUAGCUGAAAACUAAAGUUUUUAUUUGUAACUUUUAGUAAUGUGGUAAAUAUGAUCUCGCCCUGCUUUUUGAAUGCAUUUAUUCGCAGAAAAAGAGGAUAAAAAGAAACUCGAGCGAACAUAAUUAGAUUACCGUAAAAUUCCGAAAAUAAGCCCCUCGAUGUAUUAAAGCCCCUCCAAAUAUAAGCCCCCCAAACCAGUAACGCAAAAAACCGUCCUCAAAUUGCCCUCAAAUACAGAGUGAAACAAAGGGAAAACAGUAAAUUUACUUCCAUCUAUAAGGGAAGCUCAAUCGAUUUGAAACGCUUAUUUCCCUCCGAAUAUAGGCCCCUCCAAAAAUAAACCCCUCAAAAAGGACCUUUGAAAAAUAUAAGCUUCCGGGGCGAAUUUUCGGAAUUUUACGGUAAUGGGAUUGAUCAAUGUUUCCUUUUUCUUUUCAUUUAAGUGCAGCUUACAUGAGAACAACAUUGACUUUUAUUUGAUUUCUAGGAAAUGUUACUUAUUUUUUUCGGUUAAUAGUUUUUCAGUUGCCUAUAUAUAUCCUUUUUUGCAGAACUUUGCUUCCGAACCUAAUGUAUUUGUCUCUGUUAAGUACACUCGCAGUACAAAGGCAAAUGACGCUAUGUACGUAUGGUUAGAAAACGUCAAUUCUGGAGGAUUUGAAGUGUGCCUAAGGGAAUUCUUGCCCUUUGAUGGAAAACUCUAAGAUGCAGUUGUGGUAAGAGAAGUAUUAUGCUCGAGUAAUUAAACAAUAAAGUUAAAGAUCACGGACUAUACAGUACUAUCAUCUCGGAUCACGAACUGGUGCAUGACGUAUUGCAUGAGGUUUGCAAAUACGAUUUGUGUCUUGUUAAUUCACGUGCUGCGUUAUUCAGGGUGAAAUAUUUUUGUUGUCUCUCACGUCGCGACGUCAGUGUUUUGUGUCGAUGUCAUAAGUUACGAAUAACGGGUAAGUAAAGGUGGCUCGACUGGAUUUUUCAGGGGUAAUACAGUCCUUGUUUGAGUAUUUACUGCGUCGUUGUUGUUAGGUAAAGAUGAAAAUCUGUUUUGAUUAGUGUGACGUUGACAUCUGAGUUGUUAUGACAACGUAAUGAUGUGUUCAACACUGAGAAUCGUUCACUGGAACUUCUAAUAGCUGUCUUAAUGUUCGCGAAGUUUGAGCAAACCUACUAGAGCGCUAGCAUUAUCGACAUCUUUUGAUAGGAGGUUUUUUAAAGAUAGAAAUUCAGGAAAAAUUAACUGAUCAAUCUUUAUUUGGUGUUUUUAAGGGGCAGCCUGUUCAAGUUUUGCAGAGUACAGAGAAAUGAGGUUGCAAGUAGAAUAUGUAAUGAUGGCACUGAAAAAUCCUGCCGACUUUCAGAAAAUGUGAUCGUAGUCUGCCAUGACCAUUCCUGUCUAAAAGAUGGCAAGUUUAAUCUGUUCUUUUCUUCGUUUUUACCUUUUUACAUGUUUUUGUCCCAGGACUGGUUCGCAUUCACUGGCAAUGGAAGUCAACUCAACUUUACAAUUACAGGAAAAGAGUAUUUUGCAAACAGUGGAAAUCCAUCAGCCCAAAACAACUAUGGCUUUUGUCAGGUGAAAACUACUUUUAAUUAUUUCAACAUUUAACACAGUUAUUUGUAAGAUUAAAACUUUCAAUUAAUCUCAGUAAAAGUAACAGUUUCAACAACAACUGCACAUUUAUUUAGUGGACAGCUGAUUGCCAAAGUAACGAAUUUUAAAAAUACUUUUCAACUCCUUGGCUUUUUCCACCCUACCGUUCGUACUUAUUUUGCGUGUUUCUUGACUUAUAUUAAUAGUGAUGAAUUAUCGAAACACAGCGAAACUGUCACUUGUCUAAACAUUCAAUUAAAAAGUUAUAGAUUUGCGCAAAUUCAGAACAACUGGCAUUUCUAAAUUUAACCGCAUGAGAAUUUAGAAAUGAUGGUUUUUGAGGAGAGGGGAAAACAAGAGCACCCAGAGAAAAACCUCUGGAGCAAAGGACAGAACCAACAAAAUUUCAAGCCACUUAUGGCGUCGACGCCGCGUUUGAUCCCGGGCUUCAUUGGUGGAAGGCGAGUGCGGGCGCCACCCUUGCUCUCACUUUAGUGACCAUUACCAGCUAAAUCUUGGCAACUCGUUUCGUGUCAUUGACAAUAAUCACUGAACUAUAUCUGUAAAAGUUAAGACUUUGUACUAUGCCCGCCGAUCCAACCUUAUAGCGGUCGCUUGAAAAAAAUAAUAACGUAAGUGCUAAGUGAUAAGUGCUGUUGUCCUACUACGCGCCGAUUUGAGGUCGUUACACAAAUUAACGAAUAGUUUAUCAGCUCGUUGUUUUUUUGUGGCUGUCGGUUUUCGUGAGGACGCAACAAGCUGUACCAGGGGCACCCAACGAGAAUAUAGUUCAAAACCACUUAAACAUAGCAUUGUUAAACGUAUUUUAGUAUUUAAACGGUAGAUAUAGGUAUACUUUUAUCCCCUAAAAAUUUUUCAUCUGUUCGGAUCUCCUAGCUGAAAGUCUAGUGAUCCGAAAGUUAUAGGGAUCAAAACUUGCCGUUUCGAAAAUUUCAGCCAGAAAAAAGGCUCCCGAAAAUUGUAGGUGACCUUUUUAGGGUAAAAAUCCGUUAAAAAUAGGCAAUUAUACCAUUUUUUAGAUGUUGGAAAAUCCUAGGAGAGGCAGGCAAGCAAGAAAUUUUAUAACAAAUGUUUCGAAAAUUCUAGAUCUCAAAUCGUCCUCCGAACAGAUAUUCUUCCGAAAAUUGUCGUUGGGUGCCCCUGCUGUACGUACACUUAUACGUUGCUGUGCCACCUGCUUUUUGUAUAGAGUUACUCGAGUUUCUUCAGCAAAGAAUAGUAUGGGUUGUCUUGAAACGUAUCUGCUUUAUCUUCAUUGAAAAUAGCUAGUCCUGCAUCUUAUCUUAGACUGAGAGAUUAUUUUGAGAAGUGAAAGGUUUAUAGAGGAUGGCCCUAAAUAAUGGGAAAAGAGCUACAUACUAAUUCAUCUCCUUAAAACGUUCUUGAUUUUUCUUACGUAUUUACAGGAAGUACCUUUCAAUACAACCUUCUAUGAAUCGCCAGUUGUGAUUCUUUCCGUAAAUCAUCAAUAUGAUCGGCAGAUCAAGGGAAGUCGUCUUCCAGGAAACAAUAUCAUAUCGGCAUGGGUAGAGGUAGGUUUGCAUUGCUAUUACGUGUGGUUUAUGAUCAGGAUUAUGGAUUUUUUCAGUGCUUUGCUGAAUCAUUUAUGCAAUAGUUUGCUUGAAGAGUGACCACACCUUCAGAUCCAAAUAACAUCUCUCUUGUUUAGUCAGGGGAUAGAAGUACUUCGGUCAGUCUUCUAAAUUGAUUAAAGGACUUUAAAAUUGCUGACAAAGAAUAGUUUGAGUCUGAUCAAAGUUAUUGUUGAAAUUAGCGGGAAUUUAUAUUAAAUCGGAAGGUCACAUAUCCAAAUUGACGUUCGGUGAAAAUCAGACCAUGUUCAUUUUCUGAGUGCUAUCACUUUUUGUUGUAGGAAGUUGGAUUAGAAUCUAUGAAGAUAUGCGUUAAAGACCUCAGUGGACUAGGAUCGAGUCAUGAUCCCUUAAUAGUCAGCUACGCUGUUACUGGAGGUUGUUUUUUUCAUUUUAAUAAAUUUGGGUGUAUUAUCUAAAUUCGCAUAGCAAACCAUUUAAUGACAUCAUCAUAAAAAAACCUUGUGGUUCACAACAGUAACAGAGCCUGGCCGGUAUGCAAACAUGUUGUAAUCACAGAUAAUUGUUUUUUUUUUUGAAUGGUGAGUAUAACUCAAUAAUAUAAUGGCUUGUUUCUUGGUACAGAUCUUAAUCCUUGCCUUAAUGUGCAUUGCCCUCGAUUUGGAGUCUGUAAGACCUACAGUGCGCAUGACGCUCGGUGUGAGUGCUAGGACCAAUGCCCCUCAUAUGAAGACCCAGUGUGCACUGCGAACGGAACAACUUACGACAACCGAUGCUGGCAUAAGUUAAGCUAUUGCAGAGGACUUGAGAAUAAUCUGGUCUAUCACCCAGGAAGCUGUGAAGGUAACGAAAAAUAAUUUCAACGAUUUUUUUGGCUGUAUAUGCCAUUUAAAACAGUCUGGUUUUAAGCUACUGUGCUCUAUAAAUUCACUCUCGUCAAGAGACUCCACGUUUUCCCCUCCAUUUCCACUGGUGUUCCAUGUUCCAUGUUCCAUGUUCAGGGGUAUAUCGCCAUCUCCCUUGUCCUUCCUGUCACGGAAAGGUUUGAAGGUUUUGUAAAAUUUCAUCGGGUUUUGACGCAAAUCAUCCGCUAGUUCACCCCAAAAUUUUCUAAUCGUUAUUCGCCUUUGUUUCAUUGUCUCAUUCCUCCAGUGCCGUUUUAGUUCAAAGUUCUCCGGUGUCCUAAUUUGGCUAAAUCGUUUCGAAAAACGAAACUUUGCUCUGGUAGCUUUCGUCCAAUUAAAGGGACUGGUUCACGAUAAUGCGCAUGUGUGAGUUCUGACAGUAGCUGAUUGUUUUUCAACCAAUCGGAAGCGAGUUAGAUGCACGCAAGUAAAUUUACAAAAUUCAAAUUAAUUGUCCGCGACGCGAGAGUAUUUCCGGGCAUUUGGUUUGAUUUUAUUUAUCCCCAUAAUUCAAAUUUUAUUCUUUGCUACUCCUCAGAUAUAUGUUGCAGCCGAUAAGAAUAAGAUUUACAGCCCUGUCCUGCUUUGAAACAAACAUUUACCAACGUGUAUUUUUACGAGGUCGUAGCCACGCUAACAAAACAGUCACCGAUCGGCAAACAAAAUUUGUAAACAAACAUCGUAUUACUGUUCUCUCAGUUCGCCUUAUAUAAACCCAGAAAUACCUACAAAUAGCACCGGACCGGUGACAAAAACACACAACGUAUGAGUAUAAAGAUUAUCCUUAAUUGAGCAUAAAUUUCAAUUGCUUAUCAGCAAAUGAACAAAUUCAUUCGCGUUGCAUCGGGUCAGUGUUCCGCAAAACAAAUGUUAUCGAGUAGCACACAUAAAGAAACUAGAUUAUGAACAGAAUAUUCACGCAAUAAUUUAUUUUAAAAACAUCAAUUCUUAAUCAUAUACGAUCGUAAAGCAAAGAUACAAGGAACAUUUCAAGUGUACCAGAUCGGUGAAGAUCGCGCGGCCUGUUGCGGUAUAACUACAGGUCGGAGUCAAAAAUCAAAUCAAAGUUGAACGAACUCAUGCCUUUAACCACUUUCCAAGUGUCGUGUAUUCUUUUCGUAUGCCACACAGUACUCCUAGAACCAUACCAGAUCGAUAGGCUAAGCUUCUCUAUCUCCAGAGACUCUUGAGAACGUCCUGUUGCCGGACCGCCUCGAUGCUCUUCUCAACCUCCAUGAUCAAAACAUUAUUUUUUGCGUCUUCUUAAAACGUAACCAGUCAAACGACACAACCACACGUUAAUCACCACUACCGAAGUAUAACUAGACCAGCCAAAGCGACGGAUGUCCGAAUAAAACGAAGGAUUUUCAAUGAUUGUACCGGUAAUGGCGAUUUCGAAUUUAGUGUUGACCCAACAAAUUUAUUCUGAAGAGACAAACGGCGCGCAUGCGCAUUAUCGUGAACCAGUCCCUUUAAGUUCGUAAUGUCCCUAAAUGAAACCAAUUUCUGCAAUUUACUCUGAUGAUGUUUCACCUUCUCAGUCACUAGCCCGUAUACCAUUGCGCGAUCGCUUACUUCUUGAUCAUAAACGCCACACGCCUUAUAGUAUUGUGGUUUGUUAUAGUUAAUAUGACAUCCAGCAAGGACUCAGUCGUAUCUGUUACCCUGGUUGGCAUGGUAACUAUAAGCAUUCCAGCCCUUGUACUUUUUGUAGAUCUCGAAGUAUUUUGCCCUCUCUUUGAUCUAAUCUCAGUCCCCUGUGAUUAAUAAUAAUUCCUUCUGAAGCGAUGAGCAAGUAAAGAAAAUCCGUUAAAAUCUUGCUUUGAAUCCAAAAUCCAGGCAAAAAUAUUUUCAAGAGGCGGUUCGUCUAUUCGCCUAUCAAGCGCCUGUUGCGCAGGCUAACGCAGAUAUUUCCACGUAGGCGGCUUUCUUCUAACACGAGAAUUUAUAUCGCUUGUCACUGCAUUUUCGUAACCAGGAUUUGGAUGAACGUCUCCACACAAUAAUAAAUAAUUCAGUUGGAAUGAAGUAGAUGAGUUGCGGUAGUGAAUGAUUUUGCAAGAAGCGAAGUGUUUUUUCCGCUUAAGAGUAAAACCAAUAUGGCCGCUCGAAGCACAUGGCAUGAGGAAAGAGUAGCCCAAAGUUAAACAAAUGCUGUAGGGCGAAAACUUAUUAACUUCCCCAGCAGAGGUGUCUCUAAGUUUUGUUCGUUUGGAGACGUGCUGGCGCCCCAAAACAUUAAAAACACAAAAAUUUUUGCGAGAGCACCAUGAUGACGGGUGUACUCGUCAGGGGCAUAGCCAGGAUUUCUAGGAGGGGGAGUUCCAAAUUGGUUCCAACGAAAACGGUUGGUCUAAGAUCGUUACAUUACGUACGUACAAGACUUUGGCGUUUACGCUACGCAAACAGAAGACGCCUUGGUUGCCGUUGAGCGAACGUGUUUAUCACUUCAUCGAUAUUUAUGUCUCGGUGGUAAUUGAUGUUCAUCAACGCCAGCCCAGACUCUCGCUCGCUUGACAGGGUCGACCUCAGGUAUGUUUUUAACCUUCUUAGGGUACUGAAUGAGCGCUCACAUUCAGCUGACGUUUUUCGGCAACGUGCACAAAAGGCGGAUCAAGGUGCGGAUGUUAGGAAAGAACUCUCGAUCGCAUGCAGCGAGUGUCUGAAUUGCUUUGCGAAUUAAAUAGAUACCAAAAUGACGUUCACUGUACUUAUUGUAAGCAUAGAACAAAACGAAGAAUUUCAGGAAUCGAGAGUCCAUUACACUCUUGCUGGGAUAAAAUCACUGUUAAAAAUAGGAGGGGGGCAGUCCCUUGGUGCGAGAGGGGGGUUCCGGAACCCCUGGAACCUUCCCCUGGCUACGCCUUUGUCGUGUCCUAGCAUUGUUUAUCUUGGGCACUGAAACCAGCAUGCAAAAAUAAGAAGCUACUUUUCAUUAUGUUGUGGAAAGGUAUCCGGCGUUGCAGGUUAUAGCCUCGUUUUAGUUCCUAUUUUGUUGCACUGGAGUUCCCACACGGUUUUCUUUAGCACCAACCAUCACCACGGAGACAAUGCUGAAAGAUUGCUCUAAAGCAAGCUAGUAAAUCUGCCUUAAUGAUAAUGCUUAAUUAUUACAGUGACGCUUCCUCAUAAUGUUCUUAAUUUAUUAUAAAACAGGUUUUCCAGUUGUACGGGGCCGUAUAGAUUUGCUACACGAUCCAAAAUGGUCAGAUUCAAAUUGUCAGACAGUCGCAUUUCCUCCAUACCGGUUUUAUCCGGAUAAACAAGUUCAUGUUCAAAUAACCGUCAACCACAUGAAGCUGAAUGACUCUGUGACAGUCCACGACGCUGUUACUUCAUGGACAGAAAGUGUCAACACAAAAAACUUCACCGUCUGUGUCAUGCAAACCGGGAGGAAAGAAGAAGGCAAGAAUCCAUUUGCCACCAUUGAUUGGGUGGCUUAUCAAGGAGCACCAGCCGAAGGAUUGACGGGAACGGUUGAGUUGCAGAAAUGGUGGUCUGGUACCAAUUGCGCACAUGUAACUUUUCCCACGGUGAGAGAUUAAUUGAUAAAUGUUAGACUUUCAUUCACACUACAGCUUUAAUCCACGUUUUAAAAUUAAAAAAAAAAAUUUAACUAAUUUUGAAUGAUUUUUAAUAAUAAUUUUUAAUGAGUACUAGUGAGCAGCACACUUACACUUCUAGUGAACAAUUUCACAUGGAAGAAGGAGAAACCAUGCUCGCCCGGGGCACGAAAAUUUUCGUUGCCCCGGGCGAGCAUAUAUGGUUGAAUGAUUUUUAAUAAUAAUUUUUAAUGAGCACUAGUGAGCAGCACACUUACACUUCUAGUGAACAAUUUCACAUGGAAGAAGGAGAAACCAUGCUCGCCCGGGGCACGAAAAUUUUCGUUGCCCCGGGCGAGCAUAUAUGGUUUCUCUUUCUUCCAAGUGAAAUUGUUCACUGGAAGUGUAAGUGUGCUGCUCAAUAGUAUAUCAUUAAAAAUUAAAAAAAAAAAAAUAACUGGGUAGAAAAAUGACAAUUGCUAGAUCUAUUACGAAAUUGUGACUGUCUUAGCGACUUAGUUAACAAGACAACAUUAGGUAUAAUAAAUAGACUAAUAAUGUAGCAAUAUUCAUCUUAACAUCACUUCAGUUAUUGUUAUUGCGUGUUUUUGCUUUUUCUUCAGGGCAAGUUUGCUGAGGCGCCAAUAGUCCUUGUGACGUCAGAGCACCUGAGGACUGGUAAAGAGUAUGAUGCUGCUCUCAUUUGGAUUGAAGACGUAACUAAGGACUCAGUUAAAGUCUGUCUUCGUGAAAUGCAAAACUUUGACGGUAGACACCAAGAUAUCACUGUGGUACGUUCUUGGUGAUUUUCUUAGAAACUGGAACGCAACUUUCUACAAAAUUUUUGAGGAAUGCUGGUCUGUAAGAUGAAAAUCAUUGAGAACUUAAGAUCGUCAGCAAGUGAUGGUUCAGUCAAAAGAAGGGAACUCCAAAAAGAAAAUCAUGGAAAGAAACAGAAAUUGUAAUAAUAGUAAUAGGAAAAGAAAAACAAACAAACAAACAAAAAAAGAAUUGAUUUGCAUUAAAGGGAGUGAAUUUUCAAUAGCGCACAAGAAAUUGGUCUGCCUUGUCCCCAUGCCUCCCUUCACGCUCUUCCUGUUUCGCCUGAUGUCACGGAACAUGGCGUCAUAAGUUUUCCAAAUACGAACCCACCUUUGACUCCUUGCGUUCUUUGUUAGGUCACAACUUCACACAGGUCAAAAUGCUUAUAAUUAAAGGGGCCUAAGAAAUAUUGAGUUUAUAUACUGAAUUUUGUUACUAUCCUGUUACAAGUAUAAGUGGUAUCACUUUUGUUUUUUCCUCUUUUCACAGAACUGGUUUGCGUCCUCCAAACUGCAUAAGCCUCUUUUCACGGAACAUGGCAUCAUAAGUUUUCCAAAUACGAACCCACCUUUGGAUAAAAUGAACAAUGCUUAUUGCGAGGUGAGAGAAGAAUUCUCUGCAAAAGCAUUAGCAUGCUAUUCGCAGCAUUUUCUCUAAUAAUAUAUCGCACAUUUACAUCACUAAAUAUUUCCAAAAGAUUUGUAGUCAUAUACGCAGUAGAUAUAAAAAAUGUGGAAUGAAAAUGCUAGAAAAACCGAGAAGCUGAUCCGGAAAACAAUGGUUAAAAUCAAAAUAGAUGUCAAAAUAAGUUGGCAGUUCACUUUGAUAAAAUGAUACAUCGUAAAUAUUGUUUGUCCAAUUUUUACUUAAAAAAAAAAAAAAAAAAAAAAAAUACUGUAACUAAAGUUUUUAUGAUUUGGAAACAGUGUCAGUAAAUGUUGUUAGUAGCGGGGCUCCCACGCGCGCAAAGCGCGCGUGGGACAGAGCCCCAUACCCAUAGAUUAUGGUCAACCUCUUUUCCUUUGGUUGUCACGUGACUGACCGAGCGUACGUACAUACGCACGCGUCUACGGAUUGUACAGGUGGGGUAGGGGAGACUAUCAAAAGGAAGGGAGGGGUGUCUCAGGCGUGUCUUGCCAAGUCCACAUCUUUUACAUUAGACAUUCACAAUAUGGUCAAUUGACACCUGUCAAAACAGGAUAACCACUGACUAGUAUCCCAUGACCAUAUCGCGGGCUCAUGUGUCAACUCAUUGAGGUGACGUGAUUUAUUUGGAAGCUGUCCGCUGACCAGUUAAUUAUUUUACUAGAUCGCGAUCAAUGUUCAGUCUCAUACUUUCUAGCUAGUUUGGGAUCGGAGCACAGGAAAACUGAUACAAAUAUUGGACAUCAAUGUUGUGAUCCAUUGACAGCUGUCAAAACAAGGUAUCCGCUGACCAGGAUCACUUGACCGUAUCGCGGGCUCAGGUGUCGACCCAUCGAGGUCAAGUGUUUUUUGAAGUUAUCCGUUGACAAGGUACUGGUUUCCAAAUGAUCGCAGGCUCAAGUUUAUUAUUUUUUAAAUUCAUAUGAAAUAUGUUGUGUUUAUGUGCCGCACAAUUAAAAUUUUGAUUUCAUACUAACCUCGGACGCCAAAAUUCAGACGCGAAAAUUCAGCCAGCUGCUACAGGCAGGGAAGACAGUUGCUUUUGACGUUUCUCGCCAUGUUCACGCGUUGUUCACGCUCUACGUCCAAUUUUUAUGCUCUGAUUGGCCAAAAUUUGACAGGUGAGUUCAUGCGGAAAAUUUAUGCAGCAUCUUGAAUCUUGUUUACUUUGACAGCUGAAGCUGACAGAGUUUUGUGUCAACUUGUGAUGUUUUUAACUUUCUUUUUCCACUGGAUGUACAAAAUGAAAUUCAGCUGCUAUCAGGAGUCUUCUGUUAUUCAUGGCUAGUUUGUUUUAGUUUUGGCUAGUCAAAGUCGGAAAUCCGAUUUCGAUUGGCAUCGUUUUCGUUUUCGUCUUGCUUAAUGCGUAAGAGGGUUGCAAAGUCUGAAGCGAUACUGGCCUUACUUGAUACCUUUCAGGAGCAGCAUCUCGAGUGGUAAGCCUAAGUAAUUAUUGUUUUUGAUGCUUGUUUUUUAUUCCUAAUUUAAUGAAGUCGAGCGUAGUUUAUGCGGCUAUUUUGUUUAUGCACGUUUGUAAGAUUUGAGACAAUGAUCUGACCGAGUAUCAGGUUUGUUAUAAGCUUUCAGAUCUUUAAAAAGCGUUUAGACAUUUUCUCACCGCAAAUAGAAAGAAAACGUUUCAAAGACUAUUUAGUUAUAAUUCUGGCUGUAAAAGAAAGGUUUGAGUGAUUUUCUUGCCUCGAGUUUGUCUUCGAAAAUAGCAAACACCGGGAAGCCGGCUUAAAACAUAAACUUCAGCUUUAAGCUCGAAGACUCUUUUAGAGACACUUUAAUACUUGUCUUUCUGAAUGAAAAUUCUCGUCUUAGUAUAUGUUUCACGGAAUUAUAUUUCUUUUAUUGAUUGUUAGUACUCUCUUUUGUAAUUUUAAUCGUUGUGCCGAUUGUUUUCAGUCGUUCAGUAAACAACGCUUCCCGGAGUACUCAAAAUGCCGCGCGUUAAACCGUUUUAAAAUAAAAAAUAAACAUAAUAAAUUCUUUAUUAUGUUGGAGCGCAACCCUGUUAAUGUUCAUUCAAACACUCGCCACUGCUAGCACUGCAAAAGUCAGAACCGGCUGGCCGUAUAGAUGAUCUUGAAAAUUUUUUUCAACGGUUUACGGCUAAAGCCCACGCGUGCUUCGAUCGUCCUGAAUAGCAAUUUGUAUCGCAAUAUUGUGAAAUACUGCAUUCUGUUGUCCCAGGUCUGUAUGAUAAAAACAGUGCCUGAUAGUACUGUUUCACCUCAGAUGUGAUGUAUAAAUGAUAUCAAAGGUUGGUUUACACGCACCCAGAUUUGUUGGCAAGAUUUUGUAAAAUAAACUUGUCGAACGAAAAAAUUCGACCGGAAUUUUUUUUUCCAGGCCUAAUUAAUAAAUGUGAUCGAAGAUGAUUGCCAGUUUUUGGGUGUACUUAUGAGGCUAUCAAGUCGAUGUGAGAUUUGGUUCACUUUUGGGCAGUUUGCAAAUUAUUUUUUUUAAAAAAUCACUUAGCCUUUCCCUGAAAAGUCACACGCGAAUGUGCUCUAAAGUUAACUGAAUUGUGGAGUACAAGUUUAUUGUUUGAUUCAAAUUAUAAAUUUAUUAAUGGAAGCCUCGCUUUUAGCCCUGGCUAAAUCUAUUUAGUAUAUACUAAAACAGUGGAUAGUGUUUUUCGCGCGCUCUGAUUGGCUACUCAAUCAGUGAAUAUCCUCCAGUACCUCCGAGCGAGCGACGCCAAACUCACGUAAGUUGCGAGCAAAAUGCCUUCCCGGUUUGCUGCCGUAAACAAACAAAGAAAUUUCACAACUAAUCAAGCAAGCUGUUUCCGAAAUACACGAAGAAGGUGACGAAGUUCGGAUUGGAAGUUUUAACAGGUAAAGAUUUGUCUUUUGGACACGAAUUUAUCGAUAAAACCGGUGAAAAAGUUUUUGUUUACAAAUGCAAAUUAAGUUUAAGUCUUGCUUACUUUAUUUAGUUGAGUUGUUUAUAAAUAAGCUUAAAACUGCAUUUAAUAAUCUUUUUUUUAUAGAAUGAUCUUAAAUACAAAAAGAAUUCACAACUCCUUUUGAAGAAAUUUCCCCGCAAGAACUAAACAAAUGCCUUCAAAAGUUUUAAUUGUCGGCAAGAAAAAGCGACGGCCGCAGCCGUCCGGUCAUUACGCGCCAAAAUUGUAAUCGUUGAGUUAAAAAUCGUCAUUUUUGUGCUCAAUUAUCUCACUGUUUUAGUAUAUACUAAAACAAUUAUUCACCUCAGUGUCGGUGGCUAGUCGUGGAUAUUUACCUCACUGCUUCGCAGUUCGGUAAAUACCCAGGACUAGCCACCUCCACAUCGGUGAAUAAUUGUUAUGUAUUAUGUUUCUCUUAUAUGGCAGUUCGUUUCAUUCACGAGAGCUUAUAACUCGACUCCGACAGUGCUUGUCUCAGCCAAUCACAGCACGACAGUAUCUGGGAAUUCAGCACCUACUCACAACGGAAUUACAACUUGGAUCGAGGUAACAUCUUCCCCGAACAAUAAUAAUAUUUAACAAUUAUUCCACGAGGGCGCGUUGGAUACGAGAUGAUAGAUAGCCAACGAGGCGCAUAGCGCCGAGUUGGCUAUAAUCAUUUCAUAUCCAACAAGCCCGAGUGGAAUAAUUGUUUUAUUAAAAACGCCCACAAAAUCUUGUUGAAUCGCCCCGACUAGAACAAACCGGAAAAGACAAGGGACUUCCGCUAUUGACGUGUCACACGUCUAUCAAAACUGUCAACGCGCGAACGGGCUCGCCUAGACUGCAUGAAUGAAAAAUCAAAACAUUGUGCGAUGAACAUUAGUUUUUUAAAAACUCAUCGUGAUUCUAGGAUUUUACAGAGCAGAACAGCUUUAAAAACCUGGCAGAUAAUGUGAAGGAAAGGAAUUUUUAAGUGACAGCCGUCGAAAUUACUAUGUAUUUGGAUUUUCCGUGCAGUUAUAAAAGUAAGAACAACGGAGAAAAACUACUGGUAUUACCUCGUCGCUUGUUAUGAAGUUGUUUGAAGCCACAAGCUGGUUUUGCUGAACGAGAAAAGAAGCUAUACUGCCGCCUCGAUUGCUCUAGUGAAUGGCUGCAUAGCCUGUAUUUGUAGCUGGUUACUUGUGAUUUAUAUUCUUGAUGUUGGAUAAACAAGCUGCAGUUAUCCAUCGGCGAGUGACUCGAUCGGCGAAUGGCUUCGCGAUCAUGAAGAAACAACACUUGUCUUCUUUCGUAGCUGGUCAAGGUACUUUAGUUCCAUGUGUUUUUCGACAAACUUUCAAACAAGCUCUUGUGGCUUUUUUGUUUGUUUUUGUCUUUUUUCUUUCGUUGAAAUUGCGUUUCUAGUAUUCUAAGAAAUGAAUUAAAACGAUUUGCUUCGGGCGCCGUUCUAUCCUUCGCGAAAAAAAACUGACGCGUACACCGACCAUAUAUGGAGAACAUGGUAUAUUAGCUCAUAUACCAUAACGGCUAAGCCAAUCAAAAUGCUAGAAUUGCAUUAUCCAAUGAUUCAGUUUUUAAUAAAUAGAUUUAGCCAGGGCUAAAAGCGUAGCUCUCGAUGAUAUUUAUGGUUUGCUCAAACAAAAUAUAAAAUCAUGUAAUGCUAAGCGGUGAAGGCAACGCCGGAGAACGGUGAAAGACAACAAUAGGUCUAAUUAGCAGAAAAGCAACUUUGCACGUGCAGCACACUUUUUUUUGUACAUUUCUUUGCCGUUGUUUUGCACGACUACAACGUGAAACUUCCAGAAACUUCUUAGUUACACGAUUUUUUCGUUCACUUUUUUUCACUGCCGCUCAUGUUCACCUUGCAUUGGCGGCCGCUAGCAUUUCUCAUUUUGUCACCGCCGUUACAAAAUUGUCAUGUUGUUCUUCCAACAAAAAAAUGUCUCCUUUGUUCUUUAUCUCUCGCUCUAAAUCUCUGUCGCACUUUUUCUCGUUGAGCUUCGCUGGCCUGCCGCCUACUUUCUCUUGCUCUAUAUUCCAAAGUUGUGGACAUGACAAUUAAUCUAAGCUUAAUACUUUAGAAAACACGGAUACAGAGACAAUUUCCGCUUUCCAUUUUCCUCUUCAUUAACUCUUUAGUUGUUUCUGCUUUACAAGACGCGGGUGGCUAUGCGAUUUCCCUUCAAAAUAACCAGGCUCGCGUUGGGUUGGGUUGCCAUACCUGUUGAUUGAGUUAUUUUACAUUGGCAUAACCUGAGAUCAGGCUCUAUUUUCGGUUCGCUUUUAAAAUUACAUUCCGGCGGGCAACGCGAAACGAAAAGAGAGCCUGAUACAAACCUUCUACGAAACGUCUGCCGCCCACUUUUUUGAUUGAUUGACAUUUGCCGAAUGAGCCAACCAAAAUUAUUUCCGUUGCUUGUUUUUCUAGUAUGCAAAUUUUCACGCGUGGGAAAAAUGCAGACUGGCUGACUUAAAAAAUAGCUUUUAUCUGUUAAUUUUUUCAGCUAAAAAUAAAACAGUCAGCACAAUCACAUUCUGUUCGCAUAGAGGAUAAAAAGUUUUUAAAAAGACGGCGACUCGAUGUCCUACUAGUUUUUUUGGCUAGGCGUGCUCGAAUUUAAAAUAGUGAAAUUUCUAUUUUUGUGUUGCCUCAUCCUCGGAGACCCAGGAGCAGAUAGUGGGGACGAGGGAAAGUCUAAACGGGCGGAAAAAUAGGGCACGAAGAAAAGUAAAGAACGGCGAGACACGAGGAGCCGCAAGCGGUGAUAUUUUUGCACGGCAUCUUGCGGCACAUCAAAAAAUUUGGAAUUGAAGGGCAAAUUCCUAGAGUAUCUUCGCCAGUUAAGCUAGAGAAAAGGUGUUAAAAAACCUCAGGAUCCAAACCAACACGUCAAUCAAAAUAUCACUUGGACCUUUUCGCUAAUGAAGAGCUAUCACGCGGCUAAGCUUGAAUUAGACGUAUAUUGAAAUAGGAACUCGUGUCAAUAAAGUAUCAGAAGUGAGUGGGAAUCGCUCCUGGUUGAAAAAAACUGGUUCACAGGGAUAUGCAUCUCUUCUAGUUAAGAGAAGGGAAUCAGACCUGCUUUUCAUGCAGGAACAGGUUUUCUUCGGGCUAACUACGAAACUUCAGCUUAUUUCACUCCUUGACAUUGUCAAAGCGCAUUUUAUAAAGAUAACUUUUUCCGCUUUAUCAGCUUGUUUUAUUUUCUAUUCCAUUAAUGUUUAACCUCCCUCAAAAAGCGAAAUAAUAUAAAUGCUGUUGUUAAAAAAGCGUUUUACCUUUUUGUUUUCGUGAAUUCGCUGCCCAAAGAUCACUAUGCUCAAAGGACAGGGCAAAAUUUCCUGGAGAGAGGCAUUAAUUUUUUUUUCCCACGAGGUUACAAAGAGGAAAUGCAAUGGUUAUUAUUAAUGUAACCAUCAGGUAUACUCCACCCACGAGUUUACGGACAGCAAAUGCAGUGAUUAUUAUUAAUGUAACCAUCAGGUAUGUUCUACCCACGAGGUUACAAAGAGAAAAUGCAAUGAUUAUUAUUAACAUAACCUUCAGGUAUGUUCUACCCACGAGUUUACAGAGAACAAAUGCAGUGAUUAUUAUUAAAUGUAACCGUCAGGUAUAUUCUACCCACGAGGUUACAAAGAGAAAAUGCAAUGAUUAUUAUUAACGUAACCUCCAGGUAUAUUCUACCCACGAGGUUACAAAGAGAAAAUGCAAUGAUUAUUAUCAACGUAACCUUCAGGUAUGUUCUACCCACGAGGUUACAGAGAGCAAAUGCAGUGAUUAUUAUUAAUGUAACCAUCAGGAAUGUUCUACCCACGAGGUUACAGAGAGCAAAUGCAGUGAUUAUUAUUAAUGUAACCAUCAGGUAUGUUGUACCCACGAGGUUACAGAGAGCAUGCAAAUGCAGUAACAAUUAUUAGACUUUAGUGCAACUAUCAAGUUGAGUUCCUCCCCGGGGGUACUGCCAUAUAUGGGCUAUAUGGGUAUGUGCCGCUGUGAAGGGUAUGGUUUUCAAACAGUUUACUCUAGGAUAGGGUAUAUAAAUCAGAGCGUUUGGGUCUAGAAUAGGGUAUCAUUUUUCACGAAACUGAUCAGUUGAUUGAAGAUUUUAUCUAGACUGGGGAAACAGCUACUCUAGGAUAGGGGGAUUUUGGGAGUUUACUCUAGUAUAGGGUAGCAAAAUUCAGCUGAACUAGCUCUAAUAUAGGUCAAGGGUUCCACGGUCCCAGCGGCACAUCCCCACCCAGAAAUUCCUAAAGUGCCCCCCCGGGUUCCUCCAUUGAAAGAGCUUUUUGCUAGGGUUAAACAAGUUUGGCUUUCAGGAGUUUCAAGGUGCAAGAAAUUAUCAGUAUAAUUAUAGCACACAAACAUUGUCAUCUAAUUUUUCGCACGUAGCCGGAAUAAGCCAAGAAAUGAAGCACAUAUAACGAAAAAUCGUCCUCAGAUGAUCUCCAUAUUAAGUAAAUUAUACUAAACGAUGCGAAAUUAUUGUUUGUAUCUGUCUUAUCCAUCGUAAAAGCGAGGGGUUAUCGCAUGACAUCCGGUAUAUUAAACAGAGGUAAUACUCACAGGUUUCACGAGUUGUAUGCACUAUUUUUCGCCGAGAAACAAAUUUAAACUUCAAUUCUUACCUUACAGUAGUCCGUUUUUUUACCUUGCAUUCGACAACAAAUCUGUUAAAGGCGAACAAAGCGAUUCCGGCACUCUUCUUUAUGAUGAUUAGCAAGCCGCAGGAACUGAAGCCGCUCCUGAAGUAAAAUCCACCGAUAUGCACGGCAUUCUCACUACAAGUAUAAACAAACGUCGCGGGGAAAAAAAGACGAGGAGGAAAAAAUGCCAGAUCUUCUCCUCGGCAAUGUAUUCCAGCUACCAUGCCGCGUAUCUCCAGAAGGUGGACUCGAAGUUGGACAAACCUUGUGAUUUUUUUUAGAAGCCCUUUCCGCGCAAACUAAUUUAUUCUGGCGCGAAAUGAAGAUUAACAAUAUGUAUACUGAAAUCUAAUCCACGACAAGAAGAUUUUCGCACUAUAGCGCGACAUAUGAAAUGCCUAUUUUUACAAGUACGCGGAGAAAGUGGUCCACUAGUUAAACUUUUUUAAGAUGAAUUUACUCCACAAAAGCAAAAUGAAAUGUUUUAUCUCUAUGUUGUUUACGUGCCUGAUUAGAAGGCAGAAGCAAAUUCAUCAUACAGACCCCAUCAAAAUAAAAGUACACGAAUGAAACGGAAUAAGUCUGGGACGGUUUAGUUUCUACUCAGCAGCUUCUUUGCUUUUAUAACAAAAAUUUAAUGUUGCAGUCUGUUUUAAACGUUGGCAUAUCAACGCGCACAGUCAUUGAAUGAAAACAACAGUCACGAUCACGUUCUUCGAAACCGACCAGACGCGCGCGACCUACCACUGUUAUGGUAAGAAUUAUCCUGACAGUGUUAAUUUUCCCGUGACAGUCUUCGCACUGAAGGUGUAAAUGGUAAACCGAACGGUCGCUUUAAACAUCAGAAAGACCUGUCAACUUUGAUGAUUUAACUGAUUAAAUUACGGGACAGAAAUUUUACUGCUUGCGACUCCUCGUCGAGCUCUUCUGGCCGUUCUUUACUUUUCUUUUGUGCCAUAUUUUUCUGCCUGUUUAGACUUUCCCUCGCCCCCCUAUCUGCCCCUGGGUCUCCGAGGAUAGUCUUGCCUUAAUAUUUUCCUCCACAAUUUUCCCCGAUCUUCAGUACAUAAAUCUUUAAAAACAAAAGCAAACAGCUAACGAGCGAGGACACCAGUUUUCCUGGUUUAUAUUUUACAAAAAGCGAAGGCAAACAACCAGUCUGUUAUAAUAAUGCCUACAUAAAUUCCUUGAACAGCGAUGCGAUAUUUUUCGUCUAACACUUCACAGUUGUCGAUUGAGGUUUCUUUCGCAGUGAGCCUCCGCUUGCGUACCCCGUUCAGAGAAGUCAUUCCCGGCUAAACUUUCAGAUGAAACCAGUUUUAAGGUGGACAGUAUUUUGAUUUGCACUCGUUUGUUAGUAAAUCCAAAGGCACCUUGUUAGCGGUCAACAACUUGCAGAGGUAUUCAACUCCGCGAUACACUCACAUCAUUUCCAUAAAUAAAGCAAAUCCUGAGAAGAUAUGAACAACCAUAUGAAUUUUCUGAAUUUCCAUGGCACAUAUUAAGGCAUAUUUUCCUACCAUAAGACCAUAAAACAAUAAAAAAGACAGCAAAAUCCAUCCUUCUCUCCGCCGCCGACGACGGAUCAUUCGCGAAAAGAACCACACACGUGAGGAAAAAGCGCUUUCAACUUCCGGCGUUUCCGACAGCCAAUCAGAUCUUGUGGUGUUGUUCUAACAGCCAAUCAGCGUUACGGCCAAAAUCUGGCCGUAACGAGCACAAACGUGAGAGAGUUUGUAUCAGGCCCAAUUUUAGCGGUAGCUGUUAGAGAAAAUGUAUGAGAACCGCUAAAAUUGGGCCUGAUCUCAGGUUAACAUUGGUAUGCCUGUUGUGCGGACGGACGGUCGGCGGUCGGUGUACGGUCACGUGAUUACCAAAUUUUGGUGGAUGGGUAGUUUACCACAUUUUCUUACCCAUGGUGCUCCGCUGCGCGCUUUGCGCGCGAGAGCUCCGCUAAAACUGAACAGAGACACGCGUUUAAGAUGAUAUAUAGGUCGAUAAUAGGUGUGGCGCAUUUCAAACGUUUAUACACCAUAUAAUUAUUUUAUCUUUUAUACCUUUGUUCUCUCUAAAGCUUCCAAUCAUUUAAUUAUCUAUAGGUCUUAAUACUUUAAUAAAACCAUGGUGUUUAAAAGUUACGGUGAAUUUGUUCGCAUUUCUAUCUCACGUAAAACGACGUAGGAGAAAGGUUUUAAAAACAUUCUGACAUUCAAUACAUGUUAACGCAGUUGUUUAUGACUUCAAUUUCAAUUGUCCUAAGCACGUAAAGUGUUUAUUUUUACCAGAACAUGAAUACCUCGGGAUUCAGAGCCUGUGUCAAGGAAUUAUACGAGACCAGAUAUGAUCCCUUUUCCGUCAGUUAUGCUGUGCUAACAGGUUUGUAUUACAGUGUACUACCCAGUUAAUUUUAUGAGUAGUUUUUAGCAAGUGAAAGCGGAAAAAUUUUCUUUGUUACCGGAUGGAUUUAUCUGGAAAUACUUUGGAAAUUCCCUCAACUAACACAAGUCGAUGGUUUGCAAGUCAUACCGGGGUCAAGAGAGUGUAUCUCAUCUGUUUAUAUAUCUAUAUAUAAAAACAUUCCAAGCCGAUUUUCCCAACUUUCGAGGAAUUCACUCCUGAAAACGUUCGUAAAGGAUAAAUAACGAGGAUAAAAGAUCCUGCUGGAAAACAAAAUUAUCAUUCUUAAAACAAUCGUUAGAGCCUUGUUUUUCUUUAAAAUUCGAUGCCAUCUCUUGGAAAAAGUGAUCUUCUCCCUCUGCGUGACGCCUUUUUUUCGCAUCACUGUCGUACGAGUGCUACAAAUGAGAUGUUGCUAACGAGAAACCAUAUCUAACAAUCCGGUACAAGUUAUUCAUAUAUUAUCUUUGUGGGGUUACGUUUAAUUUGCAGACAUCUGUGAACCUGGUUGGAACUAUUUCAAUGGCUUUUGCUAUUUCACAAGUAAGACUUGUGAAAACUGGACCACAGCACGGGACAAAUGCCGACAAGAAAACUCGUUUCUUGUUGAUGUUCAAAACAAUGAAGAAAAUGUGUUUUUACAGCAUCUUCACAAUGGAGCAAAAUCCUGGCUAGGAUUGAAUGAUAUUUUCACAGAGGGUUCCUUUUCUUGGGUAGAUCGUGGUGCUGGAAACUUUACAGCUUGGGCCAAAAACCAACCAAACAAUUUUCGGGAUGAGGACUGUGUACAUACUCUUGGUGUUGAAUAUAAAUAUGAAUGGAAUGACGUAAAAUGCAGUGACUGUCAUCAGUUUACUUGUAAGAAAGGUGAGAAAAAACCGUCUUGGCUAGUCCCGUCACUUGCUGCAGGCGAACCCACCCUUUCAAUUUCUACCUGUUCAUGCGACUUACUUGAAGGUCCCACUCUUUCCGAGGCAAAGGCUAUGUGUUUUCUUCAUUUAUUUUACUGAAGACCCUAGGAAUUGAACCUCCUUUACCCGUUUUGCAUUCCACCCAAAGUUAUAGCGUAACAGCGUUGACAUGCUAAAAUAGCGCUACGUAGUGUUAGUUAACUCCCAUGGGAGCAUCUUAAUGUCGGUAUAUCUUAUCACGCGACAGUAAACGAACGAAUAGGGCAGAAUGGUAUUCAAUUAUAGGCAGUGCCCAAAAGGAACUGUUAGUAAAGUGGGGUUGAUGAUAUAUGAGAGUGGGACACAGAACAGUGUCGGUUGUCCUUAUCAACCGGUUGCUGUAUUAAGCGGCGUUGGUCAUUUUCAGAGAAAAUACAUGAGGGUUUUGUCGGGACAAACGAAAGUGUCCGUAUUAUGCAGGUGUCCGAAGAGCGGGAUUCCACUGUAAAAUCUUGAGACGGACUCUUUCUGAAUAGAACUCUUAUCCUGAGGCGUCACUUUAUGAGUCGAAAGCCUGGGAAAUAAUAAGCUAUCAGCAAGAAAAAGAAUGAGCUUGUUUCUCCUUUAUUUUCUUAAAAAAAAGCAUGGGUGCUUUCAAGAUAGAGUAUUAUAUUUAAAGAGGUUAGUAUGAUCAGUAUUUUUAAAUCGACAGAUCUGAAUGAAUGCAGUAGGGACCAGUACUACUGCCACCAGCUCGCAAGCUGCACAAAUUAUCGUGGCUCAUUCACUUGCUCCUGUGAUCAAGGCUACUAUGGAGAUGGCUUUCAAUGCGGCUCUGGUAUGAUCUUUCGUUUCUUUUAAUUCUUAAGUGUUUAACAAAAUUUAACUUGAUUCACAAGAUUGUUUGUAGCCGAUAUUAAUGAAGUCUUUUUGAAAAAAAAAAAAAGGUCGAGCGCAACUUCCCAUUAUUUUCCAAAAUGGUUUCAAAGGCCAUUGUUCUCGUAGAGAAAAGAUUAGUCUGUAUUCUGUCUGUUCCAGCAGCUAAAUAUAUAGCCUGCGAAAACAGCCGUUUCUUCUCGCUGCUCGGCUGUUUUCGCAGGCUACUAACUAAGCCGAAUUUUCGCCUGUUAAGCUGAUAAUGAUAAUGAUAACAAAAGUCUUCAUUCAAGGUUUUAAACAAACGUUAAAACUUACAAGAUCCAUUAUAAAGGAAGAUACAGCUGUCUAAGUGUUAAUUACAAUCUAUUUAGAAUCAAAGAGACCUCUGUUUACAAGGUCUUUCUUAAACCUCUCUGUAUUAACUCGUGGGAUCUGGCAAGGAUGCGACCUACCAAAAAGGCAUGUCAUCUGGGCCAGUGGCAGUCCUUUUCACAUGCGCUAAUGCCUUGAAGACCAAUAUUUCAUGAAUCACAGGAACUUUAUGAAGCUCAGGCAUAAUCUCCAGCAGGGCAGGUUCGACAUAAUUUAUGACUGUGUUGAUUGACUGAAAGUGAGUGUUAAUAUCGUUCACAUUGAAUUAAGAUGAGAGAUUCAUACUUGAUCCAACACGUCCAGUUAAUUUACCAAUCAUUUUCCACCAACAUUUGCUGCCCAUGUCAUGUUUUUGAUUGUUAACCUUAGUCAGAUUCAGCCGAUUCUCUUUAAUAAGCUGGGUUGCAAGAAACCAGCCUCCUGUACCAUCCCUUUCCUCAGAAGGUUAUUUCUUUUAGACAGAAGAUGUUUUAACAAAGGUGACAUGACGGAAGGGUCUUAAGAUGACAUUUUUACCCGUAUAGAGGGAAAGCUUUCUUGAACUUUUCAUGGGCCAUACAAUAAAACUUGGCAAUAGCGAUGUUGAUAUCAUUUUCAGCAAGGACAGGAGACUAAUCAGUAGCCUGCAGUUUCUAUAGCAUCAAGCUCUUACGAUUGUUUCGGGCGUAAAUAAAUUCAACGUGGCAGAUCUCACCGGGGGAUUCCGUACCCUGGGGAAAAUGAAUACACUGGAAUGAUCAGAUUUAGUCACACUCUUCGAAGUACACACUUUCCCAAUUAUAUUCGGUGUAUUUGUCAGAAAUACAUCCAAAAUACUGUCAUUCCUUGUCGGAGUCUUGACAAGUUGCGAAAAGCCACUUUGUUGUGUGAGAGAUUUCAAAUCAAGUUUAUUAAUGUCACCAGCAAUAAUUAACCUCGCAUUCGGUGGCGUGGCAAGAAUGCUUUGGCAGGAAUUUAUUAAAAAUUCAAUAAAAUCAGUUUCGUAAUAAUCAUUUUAAAGGUCGGUGGAUGGUAAGCCGAGGCAACAAAAUAAUCGUGAUUGGUCGUAGAUACCUUUACCCACAAACAUUCGUACUCGUUGCCACAUACAUCUAUCUCCUUUUCCAGUCCUAACUGCACAGAAUGGCAACUUUACCGCCCCUCUUGAUUGCUCGGUCCUUUCGAAGCAUUAAAUAUCCGUCUGGCGUAACAAGUGAGCUGUCAAUAUCAAGCCAAUGCCAAUGCCAAUAGCCAAUGCCUCAGAUAAGCAGCAAUGAUCAAUCGAAUCACUCAUCAGCUCACGUUGUAGUUGUUCCCGAGCAAAUUUUUUCACAAGCUUGCGAACAUUUAGUACCAGGCACGUAGAUGUCAUCCUGGGCAGACUUGCACAAUUAGUUGACUGUACACAGGAAAGAACUCGUAUCCGUUCACCAACACCCGUACGGAAGGAUGAAUAAUUAAAUGUGUCUCUCCGCGCUGAUUUACGAACAGGAAUACGACGUGUACCUCCACGAGACCCCCAGCAAAGAACAUAUUUUUAGUGAGUGUAGCACAGGAUGCGAUGGAACACUGCGACCAAGACGUACAACAUUGGCUCAUUCUUCCAAUGUGAAUGCAUUGCCUAUUGAGAUAUGAAGCACUUUGAAAGUUCAGAGAACACUCGAACAAGGACUCAAAACGAGCACCCACCUCCUGAAAUUCCACACGAGAGACGUGAAAAUCCGAGGGUUCCUGCGCGAGUUUAUGACGUUGAGGGUGGGGUAGUUUGUUCUAAAAAUAGCACAUUUAGCUAUUUCGAUGGAACCGCGUAGAUCCUGCGCUUGCGGAAUGCUCCCCCGAUUAUGGCUCGUGACAAUACAGAUUCUCUUCGAAGAAAUUAUCUAAGCGUAUUGGUAUGUUGAAUAGGAUUAAGUCGUAUCUUUCUAGAAGAGAGAGUCUGUUACUCUACAAUUAAUUGCCCGUUUUAUUGUUGUAUUGUUUUGUGUCAUGGAAAGUGUGCAAUAAGGAAAAUAUGAGCAAGAUCUUCAGGCUCUAGAAACGCUGGAAUAGAGUUAUCCUAGAUGACAAGCCACGACAUUCUACAGUGGACCUGUUUAUUAGGCUUAAUUGCAUUUGGUUACCCUUUCUAACUUCAAUCGGACAUUAAGAAGUGCUUUUUUACUUAUAAGUGCGCAAUAAGACGCCUGGGUAUAUAAAUCAGUUACUUAGGCUCAGCAGUAAGCAUCACAGCUAGGAGCGUACACCUGAGUUUAACUACACCGUGCUAUGCGAGGGAAAGAGAGGCCGGCCGCUCUUUUUCUGUUAUGGCAAGCGAAAUUUGGAAUAGCUUGCCUCUAAUAUUAAGAACUUCUAGUUCAAUUGACGUUUUUUAAAAACAGUUUAUACAAAUAUGUUCUGUCGUUUCAAGAAACGCUCACGCAGCUGCCCUCGUUGCAGUUCCAAAGUUGUAGUUUUUAGACUUUUUCUAUUUGUACAUAAUAUAUGUAGUUACCAGGCGUAUAUAUGAUAUAUUGAUUGACUGAAAUUUUUCCAAGCCGCAUGCUCAGGUUGGAGCCACGUAUACUUAAUACGCUCACUCAGGUUAGAUAAGAAUAUGAUAACAGAAAACAGAAACCACGAGCCGUUUUUUUUUUUUUUUGGCCUUUUUGGCCAUUAUUUUUAUUAAAAAUUACAUUACCCGUCCUCGUAAUUAGCGUAAGAAAUCAACAUCUCAUAAUCCUUACAACAAUACAACUUCUACUAUGCAGAUGAUUUUCUCCUUGAAAUAUGGCAGCCAUUACAGUCAAACCAGGUCAAGCGUUCCCGUCGCUAACAAACUAAUGAAUUCAUUAAUGGCAAAAUGAUUUCGUUUGUUGAUUCAAUAAUCCAAACAUAAAAUGAAUAAUCCAACAGUCAAAUUGUACCUCGAUUCAAUAAUCAAAUGUUGAUUUGGUUUAUGAACAAAAUCUACCUGUUCUUUAUUCUUGUCUGUUGUGUUCAAUCGUAUUUGCUUCCCUUUUCCUGCUGUUUACGAUUGCGUUUUUCAUUGCCUUUAAUCAAAAUAACAGCUAGAAUAGACAGACCGCAAACGCAAAGAAACUGACAAAGGCCGAGGAUCGAAAUCCACCAAUCACCGCACAUACACUGACCUCAGUUUGACCGUCGUGUUUUCUAAGAGGUCAGGCCUAGGUCUGUUGCACUGAUUACUGGCAGCAAACUGGCGUACAGUUUGUUUGGGUUUGGACUUCAAAACUCGCCAGCACUCGACUCUCAGAAAAAAAAGAGGGAAAAACAAAAUUCUGAGGUCAACUUAUGGAAAGUGUAAUUUUUCAAAAAACAGUAAUCGAAUCAACAUUCGAUUAUGGAAUCGAGGCUAAAUAUGACUAUUGGAUUGUUCAUUUUAUGAAUGGAUUAUUGAAUCAACAAACGAAAUCAUUCUUCCGUGAAUGAAUUCAUUAGUUCGUUAGCGACGGGAACGCUUGACCUGGUUUGACUGUAAGAGUAAAUAGCACCAUUAAAAUGGGAGGUUCACUGUGUUCGUUUCACUGCAUCAAGACGACAAAAGGGCAAUUUUGGCUUCAAAUGAUCAUUUUGCGCGAAGGGGCUGGGGUGAAUUUCAAGACCAUUGGAUUACAAAGUGGUAGGCGAAACUGCCGUGGCAAUAAUAUGCGCAGUAAACGAUGCGCAAUGUAAAACACAUGACAGGACGCACAGAGCCCCGACUGUAAGUACCGCAUACGAAUCCUUAGUACAUACAUUGUACUAGCAUUCCUAACAUACCUUCACCCAAGUCGCACUGGCUUUUCUUCCCCCAGAGACCAGUGAGGCGUCUUAAUCCAUUAUUAUGUCAAGAAUGAUGUCAUUACAUUGAAAACAAACCAGAAAAUGCCGGUAGCAAAGAAAAGAAGACUUGAAUAGAAGAAAACGCCGACUGAAUAUGAUCCGCAAAAACUCUUCUAAGAGUCUUUGUUUGAGUGUCGCCUUUGAACACAUUAAAAUGUAUUCAAACUAAGACCCAGUGGUUCAUUCAAUAAACAUUAAGUAAAAUCGCAGUGAAGCAGUCUUUGUAAAACACAACAUUUUUGAUAGGCGAGAUUGUCAGAGAUGAGGAAAUCACGGGGAAAUCAUCAGGGUAUAAAAUUUUUACAAGUGUUUUGAAUCGGCGUAAUGCGUAUUUGCUUUAAUACGAUAGACCGUAGUAGACUGCUAAAAGGAAGCAGAGCAUAAUUAGUACAUAUUUCAGUGCGAAACCAUAGCACCGAAUCAGCACUGCACAAGGUACAGAAUGAUAUUUUGUUGAAUAUGGAGGCGCAAAAGGUCACUUUGUUAGUUCUCCUUGACCUUAGCGUUGCUUUUGGCACUGUUCGACACGAUGCUCUUCUAAAUCGUUUGAAGUCGAGAUUUGGUUGGAUGGCAAGGCACUAGAAUGAUGGCAAGGCAUUAGAAUGGUUUGCGUCGUACCUUGCGGAUCAUACACAGCGUGCCACUGUAAAUGAUGGCCUGUCACCUGCUUUUCCUCUCAGACAAGGAGUUGCUCAAGGGAGUUGUCUCGGGUCUCUUCUGUUUACGGUCUACACCAGUAAGCUGUUUGAUAUCGUCAGCAAGCACCUCCCAAGUGUACACUGCUACGAAGAGGACACACACCUGUAUUUGGCAUUCAGUCUUGAUGUGCAAGGGGAGGACGAGGCCGCGCUAAAUGCUAUGUGUGACAGCAUACAUGACUUGAGGAACUGGAUGAUUGAAGACCGACUGAUGUUAAACGAUGAUAAGACUGAACUGAUGCUUAUAGGUACUAGGCAACAGUUACAGAACGUCAACUUGAAUGGCAUUACUGUAGGUGACACAUUUGUGGAGGCGAAAUCAGUUGUGCGAAAUCUUGAGUCAUGGUUUGAUCGUAAUCUAGAUAUGUCAUCCCACAUAAGUAAGCAAUGCGCCUCGGCAUUCUAUCAUUUGCAUAAUAUAAGUCGGAUCCGUAGGUUUUUAAGUACAGAUACCACUAAAUCCCUCGUACAUGCGUUUGUUACCUCGCGCGUAGAUUAUUGUAAAAGUCUUUUAUAUGGCUUGCCAGCUUCUCACCUGAAUAAGGUUCAGCGCGUUUUAAAUGCCGCAGCAAGACUGGUUUGUCGCGCGCCACGCUACUGUCGCAUAACGCCGUUGCUGUACGAGCUGCACUGGCUACCGGUUAGGCAACGCAUUAGUUUUAAGAUUCUACUAUUUGUUUUUAAGGCCAUCCAUGGAUUCGCGCCAACGUAUUUAAGAGAACUUGUGUCAAGUAAAAGAUCAGGAAAUUAUAAUUCAAGAUCCUCCUCGGAUGGUUUGUUGCUUGCAACGCCAGCUUAUAGAAGUAGGGUUACAUUAGGAGACAGAUCAUUCCAGGUCGCAGCUCCGGCCCUUUGGAAUGUAUUACCGCGUGAGAUUCGUUCUAUUACUGAUCUAGGGAUUUUUAAGUGCCAUCUGAAAACGCACCUCUUUAGGGAAGCUUUAAUAAUUUUUAUCACUAUAAUUACUAGUAUCUUAACAUAUGUUGUUUAUUUUAAUUUUAUCAUAGUAUAUUUUAAAUAAUUAGCAGUUGGAUACCCUGUAUUAAAUUAUUAUAGAUCGAAAUCAUGGAAAGCGCGCAAUAUAAGAAUUAAGUUAUUAUUAUUAUAGUUAUUAUUAUGCGAAGAGCUAGGUAAGGAUAUUUCGAACACGCGUAUUUCGAAAUCCGUAAUUAAUUUAUUCGGCGCCCUUUAGUAUCAUGUAAGUGCCCGUCUGAGGACUUACGGGCUCUCCCUUGAGAUCCAUCGAAAGAUACUCGUCUCUCUCAGUCUUGUUAAAAACAAUCUAAGGAGGUCUUGAAACUGACUGCAGUAAAUUAAAUUAUUUCUUUCUCUUCACUAUCAAUUGUUCUGUUAAUACUGAGUUAUAAUCUAACUACCAUAAAUUAGCUGUAUUCGAUUUUGAACACACCCUCUUAAACAGUUUCCAAAGUGCACUGUUCUCUUCCAACCCUUCGCGAAGGGUUACCGAUGCAUAAAACCCUAAACACACGCUACUCUUAAAAUCAAAAUUCUAUUUACAUCAUUGUUUAUACGUAAAAUGUAAGGGACUCUAUUCCACUCACCUAUUUAUUAUUCUUCCAUAAAAACCCGGCAUGAAAAUCGCACGAGUCAGUAUUGAUUCAUUAAAAUUCCUGACGCGCCAGUUUCCACAAGUAAGAAAAUUAAGAGGAGUUAGUUUAAACUAGCAAUAUGAGUAGAAUAUGUUACAUCGAACUGUAUGGGACGCGCCCCGCUCGCUAGCUCGAAAAAAGAAGUUAGUUUUAGACUAGGAACAGGAGUAGAAUAUGUCACAUCGAACUGUAUGGGACGCACCGUCCGCCAGUUCGAAAAAGAAGUUAGUUUUAGGUUACAAACAGGAGUAGGAUAUGUUACAUCGAACUGUAUGGGACGCGCCGUCCGCCAGUUAGAAAAAAGAAUUUAAUUUUAAACCAGAAACAGAAUUAGGAUAUGUUACAUCGAACUGUAAUGGACGCGCCGUCCGCCAGUUCGAGAAAGAAGCUAGUCUUAGACUAGGAACAGGAGUAGAAUAUGUUACAUGGAACUGUAUGGGACACGCCGUCCGCUAGUUCGAAAAAGGAAGUUAGUUUUAAACGAGAAACAGAAUUAGGAUAUGUUACAUCGAACUGUAUGGGACGCGCCAUCCGCCAGUUCGAGAAAGAAGCUAGUCUUAGACUAGGAACAGGAGUAGAAUAUGUUGCAUGGAACUAUAUGGAACGCGCCGUCCGCUAGUUCAAAAAAGGAAGUUAGUUUUAAACCAGCAACAGGAGAAGUACUUUCUAACUGACACUUUAUAAAAAGCUUGUGACCGCCUCGCGCUUCAAAAAAUGGCCACAGCCGUCUCUGUUGAGUCCCGCGCCCAAAAUCAAAGCUUCGUGUCCAUUGAAAAUUAACUUAGGGUUGGGGCUUAAGCCGGUUCAAAACUAGAAGAGUAUUUUUGUUAGGAUUGAAAAGGUCUGGCUUCCCGCGCAAAAUACAUAACACAGGAGGAAACGAACAUGUUGCGAUCUAGCACCUCUUCCAUAGCUCAAACAUUCUUACGUUUGUGUCAACAUUCUAGCUCAUUCUCUUGAUUUGGCCAAGUUUUCUCACGUAAAAAUAUUAAAAUGUUAAAUGACAAUGAUUUUUCUCUCAUGAGGUUAAUAACAUAGGAACGUAAUGUGUUAUUCAGCCCUAGAGCCAGGAGUACCCAACGAACAUUUUUCGCAAAAUUGAUUAUACGAUGUCGUAAACGCUAGCAAAGUGCUUUUACGUCAACCCAUGUUAAUAUUUAACUUUCCUGGGAAAAAAAUACCCGCUCUUCACUGCUAGCCAGCAAGACUUUCAGAAAAUAAAAAUCCCAGCCAGCAAUCAUGUUUGACGGUUUUUUGCCAGCCAGCAAGGUUAAAAAAACAAAAAUUACGCAAUCCCAGCCAGAGUGAAACGGAAUUCGGUGUUUGCCAGCCAGCGGUAGCGGAAGUAAGUUAUGAGCCAGCCAGCAAAGUUUCAUUUAACACAUUGCCAAGAAAAACAUGUAAGUCAGUAGGCAAGAUCUGUUUUACGUCAAAUUUACAUAAUAUAAAAAGAAAAGCGUGUUUAACCUGUUUCACCCUUUUAUCUAGUUGUCGGUUUUUUUUUUUUUUUUUUUUUUGAUAUAGGGAAAAGAUCAGUGUAUUUGUUUAGUAUAUAUUAUUCCCUAUCCCUAAGAAUUACAUAACAAUAAAAUAACAACUAAAGACAUUCAGCGGUACUUACAGUUUUGGAAUGUGGACUUGAGGAGUAGUCUUGAGUUUUUGCCAGGUAAACGAUAAAAAGGAAGAUCCCGAACUUUGUCCAUAACACAAUAACACGUAAAAAAAAGUGAUCAUCGCAAAGCCUUAAGGCCAACUUUUUCCAACGAUAAUCGACUGAGGUGAAAUAAAGUUUAAGAAUAAACAACAUAACGAGUAAGCUCGAUCCACGUGUGGUCUCCUCUGCAAAAUCACCCCAAAUUCAGUGUAGACACAUGCUUAUCGCCAGCAUUGUAUGCCGUGCCUACUGUUACUCCGCAAAAAGUCUACACCAGAACUAAUAGAAAGUUUCGAGUAAACAGGCUUUCCGUUGGAAACUUCUAACCACUACGGCUGAAAACCACGAACCCACAAAGUAAGGUAACGUUUGCGGUCUUUAACUCGAGUUUCAACGUGGGGAGGAUGGUUUCCUCUUUCGUCAUUUACGUAAACGCCUGACUACAAACAAGGACCUUUCUGUUGCAGUAAAAAAAAACAAUACUGUCCAUGUUUUCAAAUACGCUAUGGCAACAGUUUACUUUUUAAAGCCAGACUGAUAACGUGUUCUUGUAGUAUUUUUCUCCGCACUAGUAAGAGCUUGUCAUCCUGAGUUUGAUCUUACUCACUCAUUUUUUCUGUGGUCAAGAAGCCAUAAUGGUAUGUCGUCAGACAAUCACCACAAAAGUUUCGCAGCAAAAGCCAGUAGUCGUAGGUAGUCAGUCAGGCAAUCACCGUAAAAGUUUCACACCAGAACUGGUGCAAAGUUUCGCAGCAAAAGCCAGUAGUCGUAGGUGGUCAGUCAGGCAAUCACCGUAAAAGUUUCACACCAGAACUGGUGCAAAGUUUCGCAGCAAAAGCCAGUAGUCGUACGUGUUCAGUCAGGCAAUCACCGUAAAAGUUUCACACCAGAACUGGUGCAAAGUUUCGCAGCAAAAGCCAGUAGUCGUACGUGUUCAGUCAGGCAAUCACCGUAAAAGUUUCACACCAGAACUGGUGCAAAGUUUCGCAGCAAAAGCCAGUAGUCUUAGGUGGUCAGUCAGGCAAUCACCGUAAAAGUUUCACACCAGAACUGGUGCAAAGUUUCGCAGCAAAAGCCAGUAGUCGUACGCAGUCAGUUAGGCAAUCACCGUAAAAGUUUCACACCAGAACUGGUGCAAAGUUUCGCAGCAAAAGCCAGUAGUCGUAGGUGGUCAGUCAGGCAAUCACCGUAAAAGUUUCACACCAGAACUGGUGCAAAGUUUCGCAGCAAAAGCCAGUAGUCGUACGUGUUCAGUCAGGCAAUCACCGUAAAAGUUUCACACCAGAACUGGUGCAAAGUUUCGCAGCAAAAGCCAGUAGUCGUAGGUGGUCAGUCAGGCAAUCACCGUAAAAGUUUCACACCAGAACUGGUGCAAAGUUUCGCAGCAAAAGCCAGUAGUCGUAGGUGGUCAGUCAGGCAAUCACCGUAAAAGUUUCACACCAGAACUGGUGCAAAGUUUCGCAGCAAAAGCCAGUAGUCGUAGGUGGUCAGUCAGGCAAUCACCGUAAAAGUUUCACACCAGAACUGGUGCAAAGUUUCGCAGCAAAAGCCAGUAGUCGUAGGUGGUCAGUCAGGCAAUCACCGUAAAAGUUUCACACCAGAACUGGUGCAAAGUUUCGCAGCAAAAGCCAGUAGUCUUAGGUGGUCAGUCAGGCAAUCACCGUAAAAGUUUCACACCAGAACUGGUGCAAAGUUUCGCAGCAAAAGCCAGUAGUCGUACGUGGUCAGUCAGGCAAUCACCGUAAAAGUUUCACACCAGAACUGGUGCAAAGUUUCGCAGCAAAAGCCAGUAGUCGUACGUGGUCAGUCAGGCAAUCACCGUAAAAGUUUCACACCAGAACUGGUGCAAAGUUUCGCAGCAAAAGCCAAUAGUCGUAUGUAAGUCAGGAAUGUUUUGUUUUGCAGUCAGACAAUCACCUAUAAAGGCAUAUAACCUUAUGUCGUGCAUGCGAUGGUCGUGUGACAUCUAUAAGUUAUAGAAUCGAAGCGCAGUUGAAACAAAUGUAAGUAAGAUCACACCAAGGAAGGCACGCUUAUUUUGCUUUGGGUACAGAGAGACCCACCAAAGUAAAAUAAAUGCAGCAAUACCUUUAUCAGUUUGCUUGAAGCGACCGUCAUAGUAAAUUUGCGAACAGCAACAGUACUUCAGUUUUAAUACAGCUACAGAAAAAUUCUUGUAGCUUUUGGCAAUAAGAUAAGCUUAGGUGAAACCUUCUUCGGUACGUUUAAAAAUCGAGUGGAGGACGGCAAACGUGACGUAACUGCGUCCUACUGCGUAUCUCGCGCUUCGCGCUCGCGCCUCUAAACAACCCUAAGCACCUUAAUGACGCCUUUUGCGCAGGCUACGGUUGAGUUGUGAGGGCGAUUAUUUUGUAGAAAGCAAUAACUUCAUGAUAACCAGAAGAAAAUAAAAACUCCAAAGAAAAAUAUCCUGUUCUUCACGACAAAUGGUUGCAAAAAGAACAACCUAGUUGUCUAUUAAUUUGUUUAUUCAAUAGUCCAGUUUAAACCCUGCUUGCAGCAAUUUUAGGAAAAUAAGUAAAUACUGUUCACAUUUGUAAUUUUCUUUCAUUUUUUGGCAAGAAAAUUGUAAACUAUUUUUUAUUCUUUUUUUCUACAUCGGCCAAAGAGCCUCUCAAACGUAACCAUGGCCGGUAACGCCCGCUGUCAAAAUUGAGGUCCUACAGCCGGGAAACAUCACCAAAAAUAUGUAAUCUGAGUCACUGUGUUCGAAGAUAUGAAUAAAUUUGCUAUCAGAGCUCUUACAAUUUAUACGAUAAAAAGCUUUAAGAGCAAGAAAUGCGUCAGCGUCAAAACAGAUACUGGUAUGAAAGUCAAAGAAUGAUAGCCGUUCGGGAUUUACCCCGCUAUACUACAAUUUAUAUACUACACAGACGUUAGCAUUGAAAUGCAACGGCACACUUGGAUGUUGCCUUUUUUAAAAACAACAGUUACUAUAACGGACGCGAAAUACAUCAAUAUACGGGUAGUACAAAUGUAAAAUCUUCCUACCUUUUCUGAUCCUAACAGAUACCUGUGCAGUUGCUAAACGCCUUCCAAAUGACCAUAGAUCGAGGAGGUUUCCCGUCCCGGUGAGCACAUAAGAAAAGAGAAAUUGGUUCCAACGGAAAUAUUCCUGAGCGCGCAAACCUGGACAAUUAACAUUGCAAAUGAGCAUACCGAAUGAAAUCAGUUCUGAGUUCACUCCGCUAAGAGGCCAGAGUGUAUUAUUUAUUGGAGAGAGUUUUUGUAUUCAAUCGUCUCAAUAUUUGAUGGCAUUUAUGUGCCUUAGCGAAUGUUCUUAAUGCGAUACACAUGCACGGCAACCUGACAAAGAAACACAACCAUUUUGCUUACCUUUUGGCCGCGUUAACACCAGGUUUAAAGUAGAACGUAGGCCAGUAGCUGAUAUGUAGACAGGCAUAUUAAAACACGAACACACAAAAGUGUUUUCUAUAAAGGAUCGACAGCGAAACGACUACAAACAAAGCGGUGAGCGGUGCUUGACUCAACUGUGUCAUUUUCUCACUACGUGUAUCUUUUACAAGGUAUUCACAGCAGGACGUUUUGCUUAUUACACACCCAAACAAAUUUCCGUUUUCACAGGCAAAAGGUGUCAUUUCCACAGCUCGCGUGGGGUGAUUUCCACACGCACUUACUUGCUUCGCCCGCUCUAAUAUCCAUAUAAAAAAUUACAGUGCGAUUGCCAGGAGAAAAAAUAUACCUUUUUAUCCAGCCAGAACCUGCAUAAAUUUUUCAUAUUUUCAGCUAGCAAGGUGCUCAUUCAGAUUUCCCAGCCAGCUAACUAGCCAAUGUUUUUUUUUUCCAGCUAGCUCAAAUUCUGCCUGACGAGCGGGUAUUUUGUCGAGCGGCUCCGUCGGGUACUCCUGUAGAGCAUUUGUUAUGUCUGGCAGCUCAGAAUUCUUGGGAAUCGUCGAGGCCAAGCAAAUGAACCACUGAACAAGGCAAUGUCCAUAAAAAUAUAUCACACUUAACAAAGCGAAGAAACCUUUAUCGAAUGUUACCGGAUCUGCGAAAAAGCGAAUCGAAUUUAUGGAGUCAUACAAUUACUAUGCACAAGCUAGCGUCAUAUCAUAAUAAAGUCGCAGCGAUACUACAUUUCUUUACUGUGGAACGGUUGUUUUCGCCGAGAAACUAAUUAAAAAUUUCAAUUCUUACCUCAGAGCUAUCGUUUUUUUUACCUUCCUUUCGCUAACAAUGAGAAAAAUCCAGCAUCCUUCCUUGAUAUUAGGCCACAUGUAUUAGUUGUAGCCGAGUGUGAACAUCCACUUCACAUUCUGAUCUAUUCUCACUACGUCCAAAUAUAAACAAUUCCCGAGAAAAAGAAGCGACGAGGAGGUGAAAUGCUAGAUCCACGCCAAGGCAAUGUACUCCAGUAACAAAGCAGGCGUUGUGGGGAACCGAUUGAUUUUAUGUACUUUAAAAGCGCGCAAACAGAAUUAUUCUGGCGCGAAAUGAAGAUUAUCUUGCAAUGUAUACUGACAUUUAAUACAUUGAAAAGUCUCGCCAUGACACAGAAAUGUUAGCACUUUCGAGGAGUGUGAAAUAUUAAAUGGGAUUAUGUGCCCACAAAGCUUAUAACUUUGCAUAGUGCUGUGCUUCCAGUAAAAACCCUAUGCGUCCUCUCAUGAAGGAAACACUAAUUUGACUUCUUGUUUUUUGUUGCUGUUUUUUUUUCUAGGGGAACUGAAACACUCCAAAAUUUUGGGAAAUAAUGAAAACUACUUAAAGUAUUUAAGGAACUGGCUCAAACCAGUUGCUCAGGGCAAAUCUUUACGAUGGAAGUGUUGUUGGCGUGCGUCCUUGGACGGCUGGGCUGCCAGUACUUUUCAUAGCCGUUGUGACAAUAAAGGACCAACGGUAACAAUCAUAAGAGUCGGCGGGAAAUACAUAUUUGGAGGCUACACCAGCCUCUCAUGGGGUAAGUGGUUUGUUUUUUUCCAAAACUGGGCAUAUCAGCAUGUAAAAUUAUCUAAGGAAUUAUUUGAAGUGGAAAAAGUCAUUUGUGAACUUACGCAACAGGACUGGAGAGGGAAGAAGACCGCAAGCCUUGUGUGACAAGCGUGAGAAUAAUUUUGUUUGAAAUAAAUUUUCUCCAAGCUUCACCUUUCUUUAAACAGAUCGUUUUGUAAAAGACCAGAAAAAUUUAAUGUUAAGUGAAGAUCGCAACAAAAUGUGUAAAUUAAAAUAUUAGCCCUGGUACGUUUGUCACACACGAGCGUUUUGCAUCCCCUUCUUCCUGCCGUCCCGUUCCUAUACCACGAAGAGGACGGCAGCCCAAAUAUCACUCAAAAAGUGCAUUCACGCUGUUUUAAACUUUAUUUUUAUCGACCUUUUUUCAUUUAGAUCAAUUCGCCAAAUGAAGGUAAAUUAUUAUGCGAUUAAAUUCGAAAAGACUAUACCAAAUAUUAGAAAAAGAAAAAAAAAAAAUCGUUGUCUUGUGUUCACGUCACGUACCCCAUAAAACUAAAAUUAGGACGUUUAACGUCGUAUCCGUGCAGCGACACCAAACAAACAAACAAACAAACAAAACGUGCUCUCUCUUUCUCAUUUUUCAAAACUGAACCUAUAGCUUUUUUACUGUUCUCGAUGCCGUUCGCUGACGUAUAAAGUCCUCGCCCUAUUAAUCCAGGACGGACCAUCACAAAUGUUAAUUGGGGGAAGGGGGAGAAUUCCUGAGCUCAACGUUUUUUGUUUUGUUUUUUUUGUUUUUACGCAGACUUGCCUAUUUUUAACCCAAUUUUCUGAUUAUUUAUGGGGCUGUAAAGUACUUAAUUGCCCCGCCUAGAAGACGAAAUCCCGAGGAGGCAUCUUAGAAGUUCAUGCAUAUUUAUAGGAAAGUACUUACAGUUGAAAUUUGUUCUCAGACAGUAUAGCAGAAAAAAACUCUCAAUUAUUUAAAAACAGGGGCCGCAUGGAAUCGUUGGGUAAAUUGUGAAAUGAUCACCCUUACCUGUUCUUGAAACUAAAAUGAAAACUCUAUGUAAAAAGUGCGUGUUGGAUGGGGUAAAAUUACCACUUCUAAUCAAGUCUUUUUUUGUUAUGGUUAACAAAAAAAAAAGGAUAAACUGAGAGAGUAUCUUGAUCAAAGCUGAACCUGAAUAAUAGCAUGGAAUCUUACGUUUCCUGUUUCUAUCUCACCUAUUUUAUAACGCACACUUAAUUUUAUUGUUAAUUAGCGCACAGUCAGUCCAGUCGAUGCACAUGCAGGCACAACCACGAUUUUAAAUGUCCUUUUUUCUUAACUAUUUUAUGUUUUAAAUGCUGUAGCAAGAGAGAAUACUCAUUCUCUCUUGGCUGUAGCCAAUUAUUUAUAGGUGAUUAAUGUAAAUUCAUUUCAAUUCUUCUAAAUACAUUUUGUAUCUUUUUUUAGAAUCUUAUCGUUUUCUUUUGAGAGUUUUUAUUGUAGUUGUAAAUUGUAAGUUAUAAAUUCUAUUUUUAUUUUUCAUUUUAGUUCUUCAUCAUAAUCGUUUUUACAUGGCCCCACAAGAAUUGAGCUUUAAGUCUUAAGUGUUUAAAUAAAGGAAAUGAUGAUGAUGAUGUUGAUUAUGAUGAUAAUGAUUUUGGCUUGUGAGUGAAAAUCGUCGGAUAUGAAUAGGUGUAUUUAAGAAAGCUAGACAAAAACCGAGGAUACAAUUAACCAACAACAUACAAAACGGGGGCUUUUCUAGAAGUGUCAAUUUUUACAAGACAGUGUUUAUCUCUUUUUUGACCCAUUCAAGUUUCCCUUGCAAAAUUAUUGCAUGUACUUUGUCGCCAAAAAAACAAAACCGUACCUUAGCGUUUUUAAGCCAGCUGGACUACGACCAAGGCGGCUGGGGGAAGCUCGGAAGUUAAUUUGCCAGUAGACCGGCAGAAUUUGUUCGCUGUAUAACGAGGUUUGAAAUUCGUUUUAUCCAGAGUCUUUUCCAUAUAUGUUACAAUGACUGCCGAGUAAAGAAAAUCGCUAGUUACAUGCAUCGUCAUAUAGCGGUUCGUUAUAUCGAGGUUCCACUGGGCUGUAGUAAACAACAAUUGAACAAUUCAAGCCGUUACAUCGGGGUGCCGACAACUGAAUAUUAAUCUGCAAUUUAUCGCUCUUUAAAUUAUUUUCGGCGUUUAGAUUUUCAGUUAAGUACCCGUUUCUUCCUUCAAAAGUAAAUACUUGAGUAAGAGUAAACUUAGUAUUAAAAACAGACUUUUCACGAGACUGAUAUCUUUGCUACUUAAAAAAGACUUAAUUAUUACUAGAGUAUCAGUAUCUUUUCUUGUUUGUAUGAUUUCGAAUUUUUGAAGGAAGUCUGUGCAUUGAUUAUCCCUUUCCUUUCUUAUUUUCCCAACAGGUUACAGCAGUUGCCAGUUUCGAUAUGAUUCACAAGCAUUUCUUUUCUCGCUGGUUAACAAACCAGGAUGGGCGCCUGUGAAACUGCCUCAGACAGGGCAGUAUCGUCAUUUAUACGUAAGUUCCAUAUAUGACUGCUCGUCUGAUGGACCUACUUUCGGUGGAGGCUAUGACAUUUACAUUGCCGACUACGCGUCAUCUAGUAGCAGAUCCCAUACCAACCCUGGCCAUGAUUACAGCGCACCAAGUGGGUACAGCUAUGGAGACACCUUCACCCAGACAUUUCUGGCAGGAGGAAGCAAUUAUAAAUUUACACCAGACGAAGUAGAAACAUUUUACGAAACGACGUAA